AUGGAGAAGUUCUCGCAGUUUCGUGACAAGGGUAUGGUCUCUCAGCCGCCAACACCAGUUCACGACGCCAGGACAACUUACAAAUUCGCAGGUUCUGGUAUCGCGCCAUUCCUUCCCAUUCCCACCGAGUCUGCGGGCCUUCGUCUGCCAUUUCAUUUCUUCCUAUUCAUCUGCCGUGUACCGCUGAUGCUGGUUUUCGCUCUUUCAUACUUUCUGAUAUUACAAUGGAUGCCCAUCGGUGUUUUGGGGAGAAAGGCUUCACUAUGGUGCAUCUUGGGCAUACCUGGGAUAUGGUGGAUUGAUCUACAAAUCGACGGAGUAAAGAAAGGGUCUUUGGCCAAAAACGUGGACAGAAUUCCUCAACAUGGCUCUGUUAUAGCAUCUUCCAGCGCUUCGCCGAUUGAUCCUCUAUACCUGUCUGCCAUCUUCGAUCCAGUCUUCGCGGCCACAUAUCCAUAUGCUCGGCAAGUGGAACCCAUAUCCCUGUUUACGGCGGUCUGUCGGACGUUCACAUAUCCCAAGCUCCACCCGCCCGAGGGGGCAAGAUUGGUGGACAUUGAAACAUUGCUCAAAGAAAACCCAAACCGAGUCGUGGCGGUAUUUCCCGAAUGUACCACGUCGAAUGGAAGAGGGAUCCUACCAAUGAGUCCGAGUCUUCUGACCAUACCACCGCGAACAAAAGUGUUUCCAGUCAGCCUGAGAUACACGGCCCCUGACGUCACGACUCCAAUCCCUCACGCGUAUGUGACCUUCUUAUGGAAUCUGUGCAGUAAACCGACGCAUUGUAUCCGCAUUCGUAUUGCAGAGGCAGUGUAUAACACAUCAAAACGACCAUUGGAGCCAGCAGUGGCGAAAACGACGUCAUACACGACCCAUUAUUUUGACACCCUACCAUCAGACACCGCGGCGAGUGAUGCAGACACACUCGUCGGUGGCGAAGAAUUAGAAGGUCCCGCGAUCAAAGAAGACAGAGCAUUUCUGGACAAAAUCGCCGAGAAUCUGGCUCGGCUGGGGCGGGUCAAGAGAGUGGGAUUAGGAGUCAAAGAUAAGAUUGAAUUUGUGGCCAUGUGGAAGAAGUCAAGAAGUAGAUGGUGA